CAAAGCAAAUUUGAAAUUAAAAAAAACCGGCAAACGUCGAGCAGGGCUGUAGAAAUUCUCUUUCUCAACUUUUCGUAAUCAUUCAUAAUUUUUGACAAUUUUCAAAUUAAAACUAACAAAAAUGAGCGGUUUAGUAAGAACAGCACACAGAGUUAUUCAAACAUGCGUUAAAAGUUCGGGUAUAACAGGAGCAAUAGUGUCUCGCACACAAACUCCCGUCAAACGUGACUUCACGAGAGGAAUAUGGCACAUGAGCUGUUCCACUAGGAUGGAUAGCACUUCGGCGUCCUCCAACCUCCUCAACAAUCAUUCCCACACCUGCAGCUGCGGCUGUGGCCUCAAAGGACUCCACACUAAAGAUCAGAAGGAUGAACAAUCUGUAACCCCUAAACCCCUUGGAGAAAGAGAGCUAGUGGAGUUUUUGACUGAAGAGAUAGUGGCAGAGCGCAAAGCACAGAAAGUGAAGACUCUGCCAACUGAGGUCAAUGGGUUUGCAGUGAAGGCUGACGGUGCUGAGGUUACCCUCACCAAGCAGCUGAAGGAUGAACUAGUAACAAUAACUUUCAACGUCAACCACACAGUGGACACAGAGGACUUUGGCGAGGAUGCCCAGCCGGAGAAGCAAGAGUUCUCCGAGAUGCGUUCCAAGCCACAGUUUGAGGUGGACCUGGUGCGAGGAGACACCACCCUGGGCUUCACUUGCUCCUUCCUGCAGGAACCUCCAUCUACUAAUGCUGAUGAGUAUAAUGAUAUUUUCGGAAUUGACGAGGUGACAUUAUACAAGGGCGAGUGGAGCGACAAAGUGUACGCAGUUGCCGGCGACGUGCUCGAUGGAUACCUGUAUGAUCUCCUGAUGAAUCUUCUAGAAGAAAAAGGCAUUGGCAAUGAAUUUGUACAGAAGUUGUCAGACUUCAGUACGGCAUACGAACACACUGCAUACAUAAACCUUCUUGAAGGCAUCUCCACGUUUACUAUUGGCAAAAAAUAGAUGUUUUUGUUUUUUUUUAAUUUUAGAUUGAGACGAGAUGUUAUCUGUGACACCCUAUGAAAUAGUUUGUAUGACUUUAAGAAAGUUUUGCUGUAUGAUUCAAAGGAUGAAAAAAAAGCUUUUUAGGCCUUUACUA